UCUUUAGUGUAGCGGGGAUUGGUUGAAGGCCGUUGGCCCGGAUUAAACCACGAAAGCGGGUUAAAUGAAGCACCGAAGGCAACGCAGCCGCACACUUGGCAGCCUCUUCCCCUCGCUCUGGGAUGUCUCCGCCCCUCUGAGCGAAGUGCCUUCUGGGACGCGUAGUCUUCCCUCUAAGCGCGUUCCGAUUAGUUCCAGUGAAGCCGAGCAACGACCAGGGGUGUUUAGUUCGGCUGGGCUCGCAAGGCGCUCCUGGGACUCGUAGUUCUUUCCACCGCAGCAACGACGGCUCAGCGGCAGGCGGGAACCACACAUCCCAAAAGGCGAGGCGGAGCUUCCGGCGGUGAGCGCGUGGGGGUGAGCGGUCCUCGUCCGAGACGGCGGAAGAUGGCGUCGCGGUGGAGCGGAGGCGCUGCCGGGGGCGAGAACCGCUUGGUGUCGCUGCCCUUGUCGCGGAUCCGGGUGAUUAUGAAGAGUUCACCCGAAGUCUCGAGCAUCAACCCGGAUGCGAUUUUCCUCACCGCCAAGGCGACGGAGCUGUUUGUCCAGUAUUUAGCUACUUAUUCUUACAAGCAUGGCCACGGCAAGGAGCACAAAGCCCUGGCGUAUACUGACCUGUCGCAAUCCGUUGAGAAGUCUGAAACCUUCCAGUUCCUUGCAGAUAUUGUGCCAAAGAAGAUCUUGGCGAGCAAAUACCUAAAAAUGCUUGAAAAAGAAAAAGAAGGAAAAGAGACAAAGGAGGAAAAAGAGGAAGACGAAGAAAGUGAAGCUGAAGAAGCAUCUUGACCGUAAAGCAGGUUGAUUUACAUAAUAGCCUUGUUAAAUGAACACUUCUUAAUGACUUGUGGUCAAGCAAAUUCCUACAUCCUUGAACCAGUGAAUUCUGAGUUAGAAUUGCCAGUUUGUAUAUGAUUACUCUGCAGAAUAUGGCAAAUAUUCAUGGCAAAUAUCCAUGUGGACUGAACACGUAUGCAGACCCUUGUUUUUCAUAUUGAGCUUACAAAUAUUAUAUGGAUGAUUGCUUGUAAUAGACCAAAAGUUCUUGUUAAAUACUGUAUUUUCAAUACAGAAUCAUCUCUGCCCACAUUGGGCAAAACUAAAAGCGUAUAAUUGCUUUUUCAUGCCAAUAUUAUUGCUUUCUUUCCUUUCAAUAUAAGUUAGCAAAAAAUGUGUCAGAUUCCCUAAAAGUGAACUGUUCAUAUGAAUAGUUGUAUAUAAGAUAGACUAGCUUCUGUUGGAGUUCAGACAGUCCAAGCUGAAAACAAAAAAUAAUUUAUUUUCGGUUCCAUCAGUUCCUACGUAAAGUAAUGUUACACUGUUGUAAAUAAAAAGAAUUCCUGCA